AUGGCCGAUCUCAAGAACGCCGACCCCUCCGAGGCCUCUCUCCCUGGUCCGGACCUCACUGCGGGGCUGACCGAGAAGCCCAAUGUCACACCAAAGGUUGCUCAUCCAUCGGGGAGGGAAGGAUACGGAACCCUGAUGCAGAUCCUCCGCGGCGCCUUGUUCAGCUUCUAUUUUAUGACAUGCUGCAUCAUCAUCCACAUUACCCAGCUCAUCGGGGCGCCGCUGUACUUCUUCAACCGCGACUGGUACUACGCAUACAUGGCCAUGACGAAGCGGUCCUUUUGUCUCACCACAACCGUCAUGACCCAGAUCUGGGGUCCUACAACUAUUCGAAUCAGCGGUGACGAGUCAGUUGCAGGCCAGAUCAAGCUCCGGCCUGACGGAGGAGUGCAGUUUGAGUUUCCCGAGCGCUUGGUAUUGAUUGCCAACCACCAGAUCUACACUGACUGGUUGUACCUCUGGUGGGUGGGAUAUGCCAACUCGCCUGGAAUGCAUGGUCACAUCUACAUCAUCCUCAAGGAGUCUCUCAAGAUGAUCCCUCUGAUCGGAUGGGGAAUGCUCUUUUACGGAUUCAUCUUCAUGUCGAGAAAGAUGGCAACUGACCAACCCCGACUGGCAUAUCGCCUGAACAAGCUCAAGCAGCGCAAGGUGGACCCGAAUGGAAAGUCUUAUAUGGAUCCCAUGUGGUUGCUGUUGUUUCCCGAAGGCACAAACCUGUCAAGAAAUGGAAGAAGAAAGUCGGCUGGUUGGGCUGCCAAGAAUGACCUCAAGGACCCUGAGCAUGUCAUGCUUCCACGGAGUACGGGCAUGUUUUUCUGUCUGAACGAACUCAAGGGCACAAUGGACUACGUCUACGACUGCACAGUCGCGUAUGAGGGAAUCCCCCGAGAUGGAUAUGGAGAGGAGUUGUUUGGUCUGUCCAGCACUUACUUCCAGGGUCGACCCCCAAAGUCGGUCAACUUUCACUGGCGUCGUUUCCGCAUGGCCGACAUCCCCCUGGAUGACCAGAAGGAGUUUGACUUGUGGCUGCGCGAGCAGUGGUAUCAGAAGGAUGCCCUGAUGGAGCAGUACAUGACGACCGGCCGGUUCCCGCGCAUGGCUGGGAGCAAGGUUGACUAUAUCGAGACCGAGAUCAAGACGCGACAGCCGUGGGAGAUUCUUCAGAUCUUUGCCGUGGUGGGCACGGCUGGGUUGAUCUGGCACAACAUUAAGAAGACAUUUGUGACGGCGACGUCGAUGUUUCGGUGA